AUGGCACACCAGGAACACCGAUCGGAGCUUCGAAUAGAAACAGGAAAAAUAAACAAGGCUGAAGUAUCAGAUGUGGGCCAGGUUGUUGAAGUUGGGUCCAUUUCCGAGCGUGAGCGCAAGGUAGUCAGGAAGUUGGAUUGGAUUAUUAUGCCAGUCUCAUGGAUUCUCUACCUCUUCGCAUACCUGGACAGGAGCAACUUAGGAAACGCAAAACUUCAAGGCCUUGAAGCUGAUUUAAUUCCUAACGACCCAUCUGGGGAAAGAUUCGGGCUAUUAUCGGCAAUUUUCUACGUGGCUUAUCUUACUUGGCAAUUUCCGAUGAUGUUGAUCGUCAAACGAUUCCCUCCGAACCGUGUGAUUGGCAUUGUUACCAUUAUGUGGGGAAUAUCCUCGGCACUUCAAGCUUCUGCAUUCGAUUAUGCAGGUGUUGUUACAGCAAGGUAUUUCAUGGGCCUUUUUGAAGCAGGAUUUGGCCCUGUUAUCCCUUUUUACUAUUCUUUGUUCUAUCUCAAAUCAGAGCACGCGCUGCGAACAUCUUUUUUCAUCAGUGCCGGUCCUCUUGCAGGCGCCUUUGGCGGUAUUAUUGCGUAUGGCGUACAGGCGAUCCGUGCAAACAUAGCGACAUGGAGAAUUUUGUUUCUGGUCGAAGGGUGUCCAACCAUUUUGGUUGGAAUACUGGUAUUGAUAUUCCUGCCUGCUCGGCCUGAGAGCACCAAAUGGCUGUCGGAAGAAGAACGCACAAUUGCCACCGAACGUUUGCAACGCGAGGUACAGUCCGAGGCACGUGCGGUCAAUUGGGAUCAUGUGCGCCUGAGCCUCUUGGACUACAGGACCUGGAUGUUGUCCAUUCUGUAUCAAUCAUUGAACGUCGCAUUAUCAUCGAUCUCUGUCUUCCUUCCUACGAUCAUUCGAACUCUCGGAUACACCAAUGCCAAAGCUCAACUCAUGUCUGUUCCUCCCUAUGCAUGUGCAGGGGUUGUUAUGCUCGUAGUUGCAAAGAUGAGCGAUCGUCUUCGUCUUCGAGGCCCAUUCGUUGCCGGGUCAUUGGCUCUCAGUGGGGUUGGUUAUAUCAUAUUGCUCGUGAGUUCAGCAACUCAGGUUCACGCACGUUACGCCGCGAUAUUUCUUGCUGUUACUGGCACUUACUGUGGUAUCCCAAUUGCCAUGUCUUGGACAACCGGCAAUGGCGGUUCCGAGACUCGAAGAGCAGUAAACAUGGCGAUGCUCAAUACCAUCGGUCAAGCGAUGGCCGUGUUAGGGUCAUAUAUUUAUCCCGAGCGGGAAGCACCACAGUACAUACGUGGUUUUGCCAUUUGCUGCGGUUUUGCUUGGUGGGGCUUCUUAAUUUCUUGUACGCUCUCUGGUUUGUGGUGGCUCGAAAACCGCAGAAGAGAUAGAAUGGAAGGUGGACGCCCUGAAGAAGGCAUCGCGCCGGAUACAGCAUUACAUGCGGAUAAGGCUGUUGGCUUCCGUUAUGUUAUCUAG